AUUUUUAAUUUACACAUUUAAAAUGGAUUAUAUGGUGCUUAAUUUAUAUGAUAAUAAAAUUAAUAUUCAAAGAGCCAUGCGUUAUAUUUUUUGCUCGGAUUCUAAAAAAAAUAUCAGAUCAUUGAAAAAAUAAUUGAAGUUUGGCAGUCGGUCGCUAUCGCGCAUAAUUAUUGUGCAAGUAUAUCUUUAAAACUAUCAUUGUUAAAAUGUCAUAAAAAUAUAAUAAAAACAAUAUAACUCAGUCAUCUUUGUUUAUACAGAUGCUUCGCAUGUUGACAACAAAUAAAAAGUAAUAACUAUAAACCAGUUUGUUGGGAUCAUAUGCGUUAAUUGUUGAAAUUCAUUAAUGAGAACACAUUCCUUCAGGAUAUCUACACUGCAGUUUUCUACCAUUCAAUUUAGCUACUUAAAUUACUGGUAUGAUCUGUAAAACAUUUUAAGAAAAUUAGUUAUGUUUGAGCUAUUUGUUUUUGGUACAAUUUCAACUUCAACAGAAUUUUAAUUCUUAUUCCAAGCGCCGAAUCCCUGUCCAAUAGGAUGUUCACAAGGAUGACGUAAACGCCCAAUCCACACCCUCUCAGGCAGCAGUUGACAAGUGGACUUCUGGCUUGCACACCUUCCCAAGAUCAUAACUUUAAACAGAGGAGCGGUGACACUCGUGAGAGCUUUUUAAGUUUCGAACAACGCGUUAAUCUGUUUGUGAGGUGGGCCAGAUGGAGAAAUCUAAAAACUUUUGCAUCGACGCGCUUCUUGCUGUUGAUCGACCAAAAGUGCAGACCUCACCGCUGGCGCUGGUCACUUCCCUGCCCACCUCUUCCGAAAGUGUCCAGGCAUCGGAGUUGAACGCAAACUCCGAAGCCCUGCGGACCGAGACUCCGUCACCCCCCAGGAUAUCAUGCGGCUUGAUCCCUAAACCGGGUUUCUUGAACACUCCACACUCAGGCAUGGUCGGACUACACCCUCAGAGCAGCACCGGGAUUCCUCCUCAGACUUUAUAUGGCCAUCCAAUGUACACUUAUUCAGCCGCAGCACUGGGUCAGCACCCUGCCCUGUCUUAUUCCUAUCCGCACGGGUCACAUCACCAUCACCCGAAUGACCCGCUUAAACUCACCGCCAGCUCCUUUCAGCUCGAUCACUGGCUAAGAGUGUCAACUGCGGGAAUGAUGCUUCCAAAAAUGGGAGAUUUUGGUGGUCAGGCACAGUCAAAUUUACUGGGAAAGUGCAGAAGACCAAGAACGGCGUUCACAAGCCAACAGCUCCUUGAACUUGAGCAUCAGUUUAAAUUGAAUAAAUAUCUAUCCAGACCCAAACGCUUUGAAGUGGCCACAUCAUUAAUGUUAACAGAAACACAGGUAAAAAUCUGGUUUCAGAACAGGCGUAUGAAAUGGAAGCGUAGUAAAAAGGCAAAAGAACAAGCCGCUCAGGAGGCCGAGAAACAGAAAGGUAAAGGAAAUCAGGACAAAAUGGAUGGACUGGAGCAGAAGGAUUAUCAGAAGGCAGACACGGGCAAAAGCAACAGAAUACGGGACUUUAGAGACAGUGACGACGACGAAGGAGAUGAUUACAUGUUGCAUUCAUCCGACUGUUCCUCCGACGAUGAACGAGCCAAUACCAGUGAUUUGAGUCCACAACCGUGAGACGUGUCGUUUACAUAAAAGACUUGUAGGCCUAUAUGCGAAGUUUGUGAUUUGCAUGUUUUAUCAUCCUGCGGUCAUUAGGAAAAUGGGUCUAGGCGUGCAGAGGUGGGCGACCAUCCAAACAUUGACUGGAUUCCUCUUCUGAAGAUAUAGUCUGAUGUUGUUUCAGAGCAUGUGAUUAAAUGCAUUACAUCAGGCAAAAUAGAUAAGAAUCACUAUGAGUAAUAAAUAACAUCAGUAAGAUGUUUCUCUUCGAUAACCACUGCGUGUUACAGUUUGUUCCUCUUAACCCAAGUGGAAUGAAAACCUGAUGUUGUUUCGCCAGUCAUUUACGACCAGAACCGUAUUAUUUUUGUACAAUGUAUUUAUAACAAAAUUGCUUUAAAAAUGCAUGUAAAUUAUUAUUUAGGUGUAUCAUUUAAGCGCUGUGAAUAAAAUUAUUUUUGUUUCUAAUUUUCAAUGUCUUUUUAAUUUGUAACUAUGCGGUCGAUAACUUAAAUAUUGCAGAUUUAAACACGAUUGCGCGCCUGAAGUCCAGAAGGAAAAUACCGUAACAAGAAACGAGUUUGAUUUGAAGGGAUCUCUGUUGACAGUGCCGUGCUCGGGUCAUGGGAAUCGCUGUUUAUAGAGCUCUCAUAUCCGUGCAAAUUUGCGAGUAAGCAUACUCGAAUAUGGCGAAACAUUUCUCACCCCAGCACGAAUGGGCACCCAAUUAUGAACCUUUGAAACAAAGCCCAUCUAUCAUCAGAGGUCGGUUUUAUAUGCCAAAUCGCCCAAGUCUUUCAUAUUGCGGUUCAACCCUAAUUAAUUGAAUAGAAUUAAAUUGACCUCGGUGGUAAUUUUAAGGCACUUCAUGAUAUAGUCUUAUAGGCUAUAGCCCGAAGUUUAAUUUGUGAAUGAUGUAACUUAUCAGGAAGAAAAUUAAUGUACAUCUUCGGGUAAACCAGAGGCAAAGAACUCGGACUUAGGAAGGACAUGUAAUGAAAACGAUAAAGAAAGGGGAGUGUUGGAUUAGUAUACAUCAAGCCUUUUUUAAUGUUCUUUUCGGCAAUCUAAUUGAGGUCUAUUUCGCAUAAGUGCAUUUCCUCCUUUAUUAAUAACGACAUGCUUUACUGGGUAAUAAACCCGGAGAUCCAUCUGGUCUUUGCCAAG